AUGAUGCCCCGUUUAGACUCGAAUACUGAUCCGUUCAGACGGCCAAACACAAACCACAUAAAUUCAAUUUACAAACAAAAUCUUAGUAAAUUUCAGAAUUUCAGCGAAGAAUUGACUAAGCGAUAUGACGAGCUAACACCAACUAAAAAGAUACUUGUGUGGAUCUUGGCAGUUUUCAAUGUAAUAGCUGUUGUUCUUAUAUUGAUAUUCCACUCUUAUAUUAUUAAGUCUUUGGUGAAACUCUCAGAUAAGUGGGCAGACUUGAAGUUUGGUCACUUGUUAUUAUUUACCUUGGUGUUUAUGGUAGGAUUCCCUCCGUUGCUUGGCUUCUCACCUUUGUCGCUAUUGUGCGGGAUGGUAUACGGAUUUCCCUAUGGUUGGCCGCUUUUGGCUUCGGCCAUGUUCACUGGCCUGUUUGCAUCUUUCUUGGUCUUCCGUUAUUUGUUGCAUAAACAGGCGGUUAGGCUAAUCCAGGCCAAUGAAAAGUUUAGGGCCUUCUCUGACAUCUUGAAGGAAGACCAAAGUCUUCUCAUCUUAAUAUUGAUAAGGCUAUGCCCCUUACCGUAUUCUUUAUCAAAUGGUGCCUUGGCAGCAAUCCCAGAACUCUCUGCUUGGACAUACGCGCUUGCUUCAUUAAUCACGUCGCCUAAAUUGUUAAUACAUGUUUACGUGGGCUGGAAGUUAAAGCUGUUGGGUGACGAAACAAAGACAUUUGCAACCAAGGUGGUUGAUUUCGUUUCAAUUCUUAUUACUGGUGCAGCUUCAGCAUUGACCACCUGGUUGAUCUAUAGUAGAAUGCAGCGAAAGCUAGAAAUAUACCAUAGCUCUCGACAACAGACCAACGGGGACUAUGAUGCGAUGAUCUUCGGUAAUUUUGACGAUAACGAUUUAAGUUCAAACAAUAAUGUGGAAUUGGAUUCUAAUGAUUUUGAUGCGGAUAAUUUUGUCAUUGGCGAUGAAGAUGACGAUGAAGAAGAAGUAGAGCUCGACGAAGUGAGGGCAGAAACCGAUCAAGCAGAUGUAACGAAGUCAACCUCACCAACCAAUUCCCCUUAG